AACGGAAGAGGUGUUUUCGAUGAUCAAAAAUGAUUUUUUUUGUUCUCGAAUAAUUUAAGUUGAGCACCACUGAGUUUGCCAUAAAUCGUAUCGUUCACAGAAAAAAUGUAAACAAUCCAACGUCAAACAGUUUGUUGGUAGGCAAUCACGGUGCAGGUUGUGAUACGAAAUGGCUCGUGCCGAGUCGAAAUUUUACAAUCGUUGCCGAUUCUGCUUGAAUCAGGACGAGCAGAAGCUGAUGCCCUUGUCGAUCACAGUGGACGCGACGCUAACGAUCUUGGAUGUAGAGCAUUUUACGGGGCUUAAUGAUUUAGAGCGCAAAUACAAACCUUACAUGGUGUGUGAGGGAUGUGACCGGCAUGUUAAUGCUUGUGUCGCGUUUCGAAACACUUGCCGUAGGAACUACGCACUUUUCAAGCAGGAACUAUGUAAUGAAAUUGUUGAAGAUGACGAUGAUAAGGAUGAAGCAAUGGACAUAUUUGCCGGGGCAGCUUCGGAGGUGAGCAUAUCGGCGGACGAGACCGCCCCAGAGAAGGACGUCUUUGGCGAUGAGAAUACAGCAGAGAAUCGCGAUAUAGAUGAAGAAUCAUCGGACGAUUUCACAUGGCCAGAAGCUCCCUCGCCAAAGGUAGAGAAGAUCGUCCGCCCAAGGGUGUCGAAAACAGAAUCCACUUCUGGACGAAAAAAGAAAAUACGCAGAAGAUGGCUUUGUUCUAUUUGUGGUUUGUUCACGCUGAAAUAUACCAAGCAUAUGCAAAAGCACAUUGAUCCAACUCCGUUCGCCUGCCCGCACUGUGAUAAGAAAAUGAGUGACCCUUGCAAUAUGAAGCGCCACAUUGCUGUCGUGCAUUUGAAAAUAGUCGUUGCAAAGUGUGAAGAAUGUAAUUUGUCAUUCCAUGGAAAGCCGGACUAUAAAUGGCAUAUGGUGCGCGUGCAUGGUCAAGGGGACAUGACACCGCGUUAUAAAUGCCAGUUUUGCCCGAAGGCGUUUUAUUUCCAUACCCGCAUGCGGGUGCACAUGGAACAGAAGCACUACGAACAUCGAAACUACGUGUGUAAAAUUUGUGGCAUGCGAUUUAAAACAAACAAUGCUCUUCUCGUACACAAGAAAAUACAUUCGUCUGAAGCGCACUACCAGUGCCGUAUCCCAAUGUGUUCGAGGCGAUUCAGGAGCGCGAACGGUCGUAGGCAGCACGAAAUGACACACAGCGGCAUCAUUUUCGGAUGCGACCAGUGCGACAAGCAGUAUCAUAGCAGUAGUUUGCUUAAAGCACAUGUGAGAAAAUGCCAUCUAAAAACAGAGGAGGAAAGUGGUGCAUAAAUAAGGGCCGUGUCUCUGCUUCAUUGCAUGCGAUUUGACAUCGUGCUGUCAAACGCUUUUUCGAUUCAUUUUGCUUAUUUGAUGAUUAUUUGAUUAUGUGAUGAUUUUUAAUAGUUUAACGAUUAUGAAAAUAAUAGUUUGAGGUUUUUCGAUCAAAACACCACA